AUGUCAGAAUAGUACAGAUGUCCCCCAAAUGUCAGGACGGUACAGAUGUCCCCCAAAUGUCAGGACGGUACAGAUGUCCCCCAAAUGUCAGGACGGUACAGAUGUCCCCCAAAUGUCAGGACGAUACAGAUAUCCCCCCAAAUGUCAGGACGGUACAGAUAUCCCCCAAAUGUCAGGACGGUACAGAUAUCCCCCAAAUGUCAGGACGGUACAGAUAUCCCCCAAAUGUCAGGACGGUACAGAUGUACCCCCCAAAUGUCAGGACGGUACAGAUGUCCCCCAAAUGUCAGGACGGUACAGAUAUCCCCCAAAUGUCAGGACGGUACAGAUAUCCCCCAAAUGUCAGGACGGUACAGAUAUCCCCCAAAUGUCAGGACGGUACAGAUGUCCCCCAAAUGUCAGGACGGUACAGAUAUCCCCCAAAUGUCAGGACAGGUACAGAUAUCCCCCAAAUGUCAGGACGGUACAGAUAUCCCCCAAAUGUCAGGACGGUACAGAUAUCCCCCAAAUGUCAG